AUGCGUAUCUCUGGAAUAAUUCGCGUGGCACUGCUGGCUACAGCUGCAAUCUCGGCCCUCGCACUACCUUCAAUGACAGAGGCGAACACGCUUGCUAAUAUGGCAGCGUUUGAUAACACUAGGAUCGAUUUAACACAUGAAACGCGCGUGCUUGCUGCAGAUCCCGCGGCCGAUGGAGACGCAGAAACGGCACCUCCUAAGAAGAAGCACAAGAAAAAAGCACCGGCACCUGCUGACGAUACUUAUGAGGCUUCAGCUCCUGAGGCAACUCCUGAGGCAACAAAACCGCCUCGGAGAAAGAAGGCUGCCAAAGCUGCUGAAAAGAAGACCACAAACGUGGAAGAGACGACUGAAGCACCAAAGAAGAAGAAAAAAAAAGCACCACUUUUUGAGGAUGCGGAUAGCUUAGAUGUGGCUGGGACUCCAAAUAAAGCCGAGAAGUCAGAGGAGACGGAGGAACGUUUAGAGGAGGCGCCCAAGAAGAAAAAGGUCAAGAAAGCGGCGAAAAAAGAUGAAACGACCAAGACUGUUAACGAAAAGAAGAUUAAGGGUGACUCUAACGACGGAAUUAUUGACGGAUCCUCCGAAGGUAGCGCCGAAAUCGACAAGAUUAAUUUGGACAAUGAAGAUGGCUGGGUCAGUGUGUACGAUGACCCUCCGCUGCUUGUUAUCAAGGCUUCACUGUACGCAUUCAUUUCGUACAACGACUCAGAGGUAUGCGAUACCUUUAACAUGACGAUGAAUGCCGUGGAACAAAAGCCGGAGGAAAGUGGACGCUUUGCGUACCACGUUGUGGCGUACAUUAAUUGCACGAAGAAUGGUGAAGACGAGACUCAGGGCCGGUUCAUUUUGAACUUCAUUCCAGAGGGAAAGAGGUUGCUUUUGACUGAGUGUGGUCAUCGUGAAGAGGGCGAGAUUGUUAAUUGGCUGCGCAUCGAGGAUGAAGUGCCUGAGUGCAUGACUCCUAAGCAGCGCAAGCAGUUCCUUGCUCAGCCCAUGAAGCACAUUCACGCCAGCAACGGACUCAAUCCUGGUGCGGAGGCUGUGCAGACGGACUUUAUGACUCGACUUGAGGAGCUUGAUGCUGAGGAGGUUGCCAUAGUCGGCUCUGCUACGAUAGCGCUUUUUGUAAUCAUUGCCGUGCUGGUUCUCUUUAUUAUUCGCAAACGCAAGAUCCAGAAAGAUUUGGAGCGCACCAUUGCCGGUGCCAAGGCCGAGCACGCUGUUGAAGACGAUGAUUUGCAAACCGAGGUCGAGGAAAAGGCCACCAAGGAGCGCAAGGGUUUGAUGGACAGUGCCAAGGCCAAAAGUGACGAUCCUGACAUGGAGGAGGGCUCAUUCGUGAACUCCCCAGCCGUGCGCGUUUAA